CAGUCUAACAUUAACAAAGCAAGAGAACAGAGAGAAGGAAAGCGGGAUGAACAGAAAGUGAUAGAGACACUGAGCAAGUGUGGACCACUUUUACAAUUCAUUCAUCUACAAGGGUUGAAGUGGUCUGGAUGAUAGAAGGAGAGGGUCGGUGUUUUCUCUGACAUUUGAUGUAUGACAAUCUAACCAUGCUGAACUUACAAAACGGCUCCAACUGGACUGGCCCAAACAACUGGUACCACCCGGCCGACACCAUUACUCCUCAACACGGAACAGAUGGUUGCGUGGAAGAUCUGAAUGUGCAGAUGGCCAGAGCAGGGGAAGGAGUGGUGCAGGGAGAGAGGGAUGAGGUGGACGAGUCGCAGCUACACCUGCAGCUAAAGAGGAAGCUGCAGAGGAACCGCACCAGCUUCACCCAGGAGCAGAUAGAUGCCCUGGAGAAAGUCUGUGUUCCAGAGUUUGAAAGGACUCAUUACCCAGAUGUCUUUGCUAGAGAGAGACUGGCUGCAAAGAUUGAUCUUCCAGAGGCCAGAAUUCAGGUAUGGUUCUCUAAUCGGAGAGCUAAGUGGAGAAGGGAGGAAAAGCUGAGAAACCAGAGGAGAUCAGGGGGCACCAGUUCCUGCUCUCAGACACAUACUCCCCUGAGCACGUCCUUUACCUCCCCAGUAUAUCACUCCCAUCAUAGUAACAGCUCAGACUCAGUGCACAGUCGGAGUCAUUCGUCUCUCUCAGGCUAUAGUUCUCUGUCUGUCUUCUCCAGUAUGCAGUCUUUGCCCUCCCAGCCCUCCCCCACCCACGGCCAGUGCAAACACAGGAUUCUUUCCCGGUGUUUCUGCAGCAGGGCAGACUGCAGUUCAAGACGGCGAUCAGGAGCUGGGACAAGGUCUGACUCAGUACUGGACGAGAUUGCAGUAAAAACAGACCUUAUCAUUAUCAGACAUAACCAGCAGAGCUUCAAUCAGCAACUUUGAGCAAAUUAUUAAACAAAAAAUGUGUCAGGAAACCCUACUUGUUUAGAUUAUGUACUCAUCAGGGAAGAAGUCUAUGUAAGCCAUAAUCCUGUGAAAAAAAACAACAACUCACAAACCUGCACAGACAGAUAAGAACAUGGACUCCAGCAUUUUUGAUCUGCACAGUUAUAGUGCAGUUCCUAGUCAGCACCAUGCCAGACAAUAGCACAAAUUAGUCUGGUUAAUGUUCUCAGUUAUUGGAGAAUAGUAAAAAAUUAGCUGCAUGAGGCCAACACCUUGCCUCAUGUUUAUGCAACAAAAAUGGUUGUUUAAUUGAUGUGCCACUUACAAUCAAUGUGAUAAACUGCAUGUGACCAAAAACGAGGAUGGUUUUAAAGCUGCUGUAGUUGCCGUUCAAAAGUUUGGGUUUGGUAAGAUAUUUUAA